AUGCAAACUCGAACCAUCCUCGGAGCAGGUGCUCUGCUCGGCGUCGGUGCGCUGGCCAUCACCCAAAUGGGCUUCCAAUCCCAAGAUCGCCAAUACAAGAAAACUCUGGCCUACAUGCACGACGGGCGCGAGAAGAUCCAGGAACGCAUGAAUGCUAUGGCCAACACUGUGAGCGAUACCGUGAGUGGGAAGAAGUAG